CUCGCAGGCUCCCUUCCCUCAGGAUGACUGGGAGUGACGCAGGGCAGACGGAAAAAAAAAAGAAACUGGGGCUUGAGGGGGGAGGAAGGACAGGGAGAACGGGGCGGUGAUGCAGGGAGGACUGUAGCUUUCAUUUCACAGGUUCAAGCCCGAUGCACGGCCUGCACAGAGGACAUGUAUAUGUAGGAUUCCCUGCGAGAGAUUAGAAUAAUAAUCAGAAUAAUAAGAAGAAGGCAUCAGCACCUCCUCCUUCCUCGGGGCGGAUCAGUUUUGGAGACGCUCGCAGGCAUCGAUCAUCACAUCUGCACAUGGAAAAGUAGCCUAGUCAUUCCAUUUUCUGCCCCAGAACACCAAGAGUUGUAAGUCGCACCCAGUUGGAGGAUUUUUGGACACCCCCCUCUGUCGUUUUCACUGAGUCUCCAUCAUGAACUACCUGCGUCGACGACUCUCGGACAGCAAUUUCAUGUCCAACCUGCCCAAUGGCUACAUGACCGAUCUCCAACGCCCCGACCCGCCGCAGCAAAGCCCCGCAGUGUCGCCAGGGCCGCCAGAGAGGCGCCAGUCCACCAGCCAGCCGCAGCAGCAGCCUGCAGGUGGAGGCUCCGGCUUCUUCUCAUCCAUAUCCAAUGCUGUCAAACAGACCACAGCUGCUGCGGCUGCGACCUUAUCCGAGGCGGCGGACCGGGCAGGAGUCUCCAGCAGUGCCAAGAUCCUCCUGGUUAUCGACGACCAGCAGACCGAUUGGGUGAAGGUCUUCAGAGGGAGAAAGGUCCACGGCGAGUAUGACAUCAAGGUGGAACAGGCAGAGUUCUCUGAAAUCAACCUGGUGGCCAAUUCCACAGGCACCUACAGUGUGGACAUUGAUGCGAUCAGGAAUGGGCACAAGGUUACUAAAUCCUUUAAGCCGGACUUUGUGCUGAUCAGACAGCACGCCUUCAGCAUGGACAAGAAUGGAGACCACCGGAACAUGGUGAUUGGCCUGCAGUACGCUGGACUGCCAAGUGUUAACUCUUUGCACUCUGUCUACAAUUUCUGUGACAAACCAUGGGUGUUUGCUCAGAUGUCUAGACUCUACAAGCAACUGGGCCCAGAGGAGUUCCCACUGAUUGAACAGGUUUACUACCCAAACCACAAGGAAAUGAUCACCUCCCCUCGGUUCCCUGUCGUGGUAAAGAUGGGCCAUGCUCACUCAGGAAUGGGAAAGGUGAAAGUGGACAAUCAAUAUGAUUUUCAAGAUAUUGCCAGUGUCGUGGCACUGACCAAGACUUACGCCACAUCUGAGCCGUUCAUCGACGCGAAAUACGACGUCCGCAUUCAGAAGAUUGGCGACAAUUAUAAAGCUUACAUGAGAACAUCAAUUUCCGGCAACUGGAAGACCAACACUGGCUCAUCUAUGCUUGAGCAGGUGGCCAUGUCAGACAAGUACAGGAUGUGGGUGGACUCUUGCGCUGAUAUCUUCGGAGGGCUGGAUAUCUGUGCUGUGGAGGCUCUGCAUGGUAAAGAUGGCAAGGACUACAUUAUAGAGGUUGAUGACUGUUCGAUGCCACUGAUUGGGGACCAGCAGGAUGAGGACCGUGUUCAGAUUGCAGAGCUGGUGAUUUCGAGGAUGAACCAGACUGUUCCACUUACGUCAAGCUCUUCCACAGUCCGUGCCUCAGCAGGACAGCCAGCACAGAAAGCAGUAUCUCCUCAGCCUAUCUCACAGCCCAGAGUACCACAGGCUCAACAGCGCCCCUCGCCUCAGGGUGGUCCUCAGCAAAGUCCCCCAUCUCAGCAACGCCCACAGCCUCAAGGCCAACCUCCUGCACAGGCCCCACAAUCUGCUGCGAGCCCUGCUUCCGGUGAGCCCAGUGCCCAGGCCAAGGCUAGCCAAGGACCACCAGCCCAGCCUCGACCACAAGGUCAGGGAGCUCCUCAAAGCCAGAGACCUCCAUCUGGUCAGGGCUCUCCUCAGCGAAGCCAGGGAGGUUCACCUCAAGCUCAGAGGCAACAGUCUGUCUCCCAGCAGAAACCAUCUGCAGGAGGCCCUGGCCAGAAACCUCCAGCAGGCCAACCCCAGCAGCAGAGGCCUUCCCAGCCCCCUAGGCAGCAGUCACAGGGUGGGGCACAGCAACAGAGGGCACCCGGCCAGCAAGGUCGUCCUGGAGGACCCACCACCCAGCAGCCCCGACCUGCUGCUCAAGGCCACGGAGGCCCAGGAGGACGACCCCCGCUGCAGCAGAAGCCUCAGCCCCCGCACAAGCCCAGUCAGGACAACGCGCCUAUGGGCGGCUCUCCACAACUAAACAAAUCCCAGUCUCUUACCAAUACCUUCAACAUUCCAGAAACCCCAGCGCCACGAGCCAGCCUUAGCCAGGAUGAGGUGAAGGCUGAAACCAUACGCAAUCUACGCAAAUCUUUUGCCAGUCUCUUCUCAGACUGAGACGGCAUAAGUCCCCCCCUCCCCUCCUCCUACUGACAGAAAGAUGGACAGGCAAACUGAAGGACAGAUCUCUAACCCUAACCCCCAACAACAAACAAGGACCAACAGGAUGCCGUCUCCAAUUCAUGUGCAUUGACCCUGAUAUGAAAAUGUACACACUUAACACCCACUGCCUACGAAAUCUUUUAAAAUGAACAAAAAGUAGAACACACGGUAAAUUUAGGCACUGAUGUCUGAAACAUUCCUUGCCUCGCCUCAAGCUUAAGUAAGUCAUCUAGUCAUUGUGUCACACAAAACACCACCACCACCACGCAAGAGCCUGUAUAUGCAUGAACAGAUACACAAAUAUAAGAAACACAACACAACACUGUUUACACCUGUUUGUCGGUGCCGUGAAGUCAUUGUGAUAUUUAUGUUCGAUUUUUUGGUCGGUUUUUCCAACCGACCGAGUGAAUUAGGGGGACUGUAUGGAAAUUAAUCGGGGUGGGGCGGAGAGUUUUUGUAAAAAUGUCAUUUUUAAAGACGUCUUCAACAUCACAAGAACAAACACUAAUAAAGUUAUAGCCCUCGAAUAGAAGAAGACGCUCCCCUGCUCCCGUACCUUUAGCAAAAGUAAAAUAAAUGAAAUACCGUCCGCCCCUAAUGAUUUCUGUACAGUCCCUAACUCAACACAGCUGCACACAUAGGAUGUCCAGUGUUUAGCUAAUGCUAGAUCUGUUUCGAGCUGUUGACCGCUCAUGGUGAUGUCUUAGCUGCAUGUCAACAGGAGGCAAUGGUAGCAUUUUCCAACCCCUGACAUUGGCGCUUGUAACUGUGUUGUCACAUGUAGUUGAAUUAGUUAGUAGAGUAAGCUCGUAGGUGUCGUGAGUCUGUUGUCGCUGCCACUUUUUUUCUUCCCGUCUUUGUCGCACAAGAAAGAAAGCUCUCCACCUUCGAAAAAGCAUGCCUUACACAGACAAGAACGUCAGAUCAAAUGGAGCUGUCUCAGGGAUGUCCAGUUGAUUGUGACACUUGUGUGUGUGUGGGUGAGGGUCUUCCAUUACACUUUUAUUGUGGUUGUUUACCAGUGAUGGAGGGAAAGCAUGCGUCUUAAUGAGGCAGAAUGUUUUUAUCGUUUCAAACGCGUUUGCACACAGAGUCUACUGCAAAAUUAUACUUGAAUACAGUGACGCUGACUGAUGUAUGAAGUUUCAGGGUUUAUUCGUCACUUAUUUGCCACUCGACAAAGCAACAACUCGGUGUUCUCCACCCUGAGGUGCUGCUGUGUCUGUGACAGGUGUGGGUACAGUAGGAUACAGCACAGGCAGGGUUGACACCUGUUCAGGUACAGUUAGUGAAAAAUUAGAUCAUUUAGUUUCGUAUUCCCUUGAUUUCAAAGCAAUGUAAUCAGAUUGUAAACUAGCUAUGAAUUUAGUGGAUGUACAGUAAGUUAGUGCAUUAUGUCAGGGUUCAACAGUCAGUGCAUUGUGAUUUUGCACUUAACCCUGAGCCUGCAUCAUCGUGCAGCCUCUUGGUUUCAGUCACAGUCUGUGAGAAGAGGCUACAAAACAAAGAAGCAAAAUAAUGUGAAGUAUAGGAAUGUUGAAACUGUGCAGUAGAUUUUAGCACUUCCUGCCACCCUCCUCCUUCGCACUGACAACCCGUUCUUUGAUCACUACUCUGAAAAUCCGAACUGUUACUGAGAAACCCAUUCUGUUUCCAGGCACUAAAAAAAAAAAAGUCUUCCAUUCGAAUGUCGACGUAGUAUGGCAAUAUCAUGCUUUUUAAAAGAAGACCCAAUAGCCAAAAGUACAAAAGGAGUCCUGGUUCCCCUGCAGAUCCUCCAUGCCGCCUGUGUUUAUCAGUCUAUUUGUGUAGCCACAGUGACCCCUUGUGCUCAAUGGUGCAUAAAUGUGUGAAUGUUGUCUGUAACCAGUCAAACCAAAUAGAUGUGUUGUACAGAGCUCCGAGUGAUGCAGAUUGUCACCUUUACCCCCGCCCUGCUGCUAUAUGUGCUUGUUGAUAUGACGUGCGUCUCCAAAUUUCUUUUUUUUUAAUUUUUUAAGAAAAUGUUCUGUUUGAAUUAUUUCGUACGGGCUUCGUUGUUUUCUAUGAGGCAGGACUAUCUGAGGCAUGUAAGUUUAUGCAUUUAGUGAUUCAGGGCUUCAUUUUUAAACUUUACACUGACUCAGUGACUGUCAGAUUUAUCGUGGCACAGACCUACUGCCAAGAGAAGCAGCCUUGUGUAAUUGUUGCACUGAGUGUGUAAUUUAUGAAAAUGAGCCAUCAUAAUUAGCACGGAUGGUUAACUUUGAAAAAUGUCGUUCUGUCACUCAGAGGCUUCGUUGCCACAUUAAGACAUGCUAUUUUGCCGUGGCACCUCUUGAGACUGACAGGAUGAGCUGAGACGGCAAUGCAAAGAAGUAGUUUUAUGUAUUUAUGUUUUUGAUAUUCACAGAGUUUUUCUUACAUUAUUUAUGGUGGACAUAUUUGACUGUGAAUGUAUAUUAUUUUCUUUGUUUGUUUUUUAUUUAUUUUUAAAAAUGCCUUGUAUAAUCAUCGUGAAAAGAUUCAAUUCUUUAGGAAUGUGAGUGAAACUGAUCGUCAGUCGAUGCCUGCCAGAUUUAAAAACGUACAUCAUAAAUGUAAGUGCAAGAAUCAAAAAGCUGAGGUUUUUGUUAAUUAAGAAAAUAUAAGAUACUGCAUAAUGUAAAUCAUGGUGGAUUAUUGAAUUAUAUGUAAAAGAAAAAAAAUAUAGAAUAUUUGAUGUUAUAUGCAAUGUAGCUAUAUUAUGUGAAAAUGAGUAUGUUAUUAAAACAUGCACAUGUCCAAUAAAGUCUAUGACCAACAGUGAA